AAAUAUAACAUCACCUGUAAUUGACACGCUUCAUUGACUCACUGUAUACUGACCUUAUACAUCUGUGCGUUUUUUAUCAAUCGCGAUCAUUUGGUGGCAAUAUAAAAUGAAGGUGAGAUCUCGGGAUGAGAGUUUUAAUACUUCUGGAGAACUGGAUGGAUCCAAUGACCUGCUGACAGGUAACUCUCCCUGGGGCCAGAGGAGAAAAAACAUCAAACAGCGCUUUUUGAAACUUCUGUCGUGCUGUCAUACAGAGUCAACACCAGCCAUCAGGAAAAGUAAGUCACUGGCUUGUCUUUUAUCUCUGUGUGUUUCUCCUGUAGACAGCAUAGAGGAUGAUUUUGAACUCUCCACCGUGUGCUACAGGCCGGAGGGUUUAGAGAAGCUGCUAGAACAGACAAAAUUCAACAGAAAAGAGCUACAGGUUCUCUACAGAGGCUUUAAAAAUGAAUGUCCCACUGGGCUUGUAAAUGAAGACACGUUUAAAUUAAUCUACUCUCACUUUUUUCCUCAGGGAGAUUCAAGCAUGUACGCUCAUUUCCUGUUUGAGGCUUUUGAUAGACACAAGAAUGGAGCUGUGAGUUUUGAGGAUAUUGUGACUGGCCUCUCAAUCAUUGUGCGAGGGACAGUCACUGAUAGACUGUGCUGGGCUUUUAGUCUGUAUGAUCUCAAUAAAGACGGCUGCAUCACAAAAGAGGAGAUGAACGACAUCAUGAAGUCCAUAUAUGAUAUGAUGGGGAAAUGCACAUAUCCUUGUAUGAAGGACAGCGCACCCAACGAACACGUCGAAAGUUUCUUCCGGAAAAUGGAUCGAAAUAAUGACGGAGUUGUCACCAUGGAGGAAUUCCUUGAAUCAUGUCAAAAGGAUGAGGCCAUUAUGGAGUCCAUGCAUCUAUUUGAUCAUAUUAUUUAGCUUCUUGCUGAACUGUGUUGAAUGACAACGUCUGUUUUGACAACAACACAAUGACUUCUUCCAGCUUUUAUUGACUGAACUGUUGAGAUGCUGUAUGUGAGCAUGCCACAUUAUUCUACACCCUAUAAUGAAGAUAUGUGAUAUUAGGAUUCUGAGCUUGUUGAGGUAAAAGUUAAAUCACUGGCUUUAUUACGGUCUUUCUGUAUACUCCGAUUAUA